AUGGGAAGUUAUUGGUCCCAAUUCUUUCCUCCUUCUCCUACCUUGACAGAAGCUAAUCUUCCGAGACAAGAUGGUAAAGUGUUCAUAGUGACAGGGGGCUACUCAGGAGUUGGCUUCGAGCUAUGUACCCUGCUAAACCAGGCAGGAGGUACAGUUCAUCUCGCUGGUAGAUCCGAAGCGAAAGCCUUGGCCGCAAUCGCAAAGAUAAAGGUCUUACCGAGCCCGACUUCUACGGAAGGAGAUCUCAAAUUCCUCCAUCUUUCGCUCGAAGACUUGACAACUAUCAAACCGGCAGUGGAGAGGUUUGCGACCGCAGAAUCACGACUCGAUGUUCUUUUCAACAACGCUGGAGUUUCCAACACUCCUCGCGGCUCCAUUUCAAACCAAGGCCAUGACCUGCAACUGGCAACAAACUGCCUCGGGCCGCACCUUUUCACGCAACUGCUUCUACCAAUACUGAUGCGAACGGCCACAAUCUCGCCAGUUGCUGGCGUACGCGUUAAUUGGACGGCAUCUAUUGUUGUCGAUAUAUCGACACCAACAGUUGGUAUGGAGCCUGGAGAGCUUUGGCAGAGCGAUAUGGACCCAGCACAAAAUUAUACCGAUACAAAGGUCGGAAACUGGUAUUUGGCAAACGAUCUCGCAGAUCAAGUUGGCGAACAUAGUGUCCAGAGUGUUGUGCAAAAUCCAGGAAAUGUUAAGACCAACAUUGCACGACACGUUUCGGCCUUGCUUCCUAUUAUGCUUGCACCUUUGCUAUACAAUGCCAAGAUGGGUGCGUAUACCGCAAUCUGGUCGGCAUUUGCGACUGAGCUGACCAUAUCCGAUGGAGGCAAAUACAUAUUGCCAUGGGGUCGUCUUCAUCCAUGCGCGAGAGACGAUUUGAAACUAGCCAUGAAAACAAAAGAAGAAGGGGGAAAUGGUGUUGCAAAGAAGUUUAUACAGUAUUGUAAUGAGCAGAUUGCAAGUUUUCGCUAA